AUGUCUCAUCUGACGAGAUACGGUCUUCGACUUGUAGCAUGUGGUGCUGUUUGGUUGGUACUUCUUCAAGAUUGGUUACCCUUACCGGAAAGUUGGCGCAGCACUAUCCUAUAUAUACCAGUUUAUGCUAUUGUGAUGCUGGGCGUUUACGCUGUAUGUAGCGUUCUGUACGGUGUGGCAACUUUCAAUGAUUGUCCACUUGCCCAGAGUGAAUUAAUGAAAGAAGUACAGGAAGCUAAAGAAGAUCUGAAGGCACGUGGAGUUAUUUGA